AUGGCGCUGACAAUCAGAAUCGGGCCAAGUCGACAGCAGGAGUCGCUCAAACCAUACCCCAUCAACAGGGACUCGGAACCUGCCUAUAUCUCCUCUGAACACUUUGAGGGCCUUAUCACCGUCCGCAUUCAACACCACCAUCCACCUACUUCUUCAUCACCAACAAACAGAAGUACCUCCACCUGUGCUUACUUUGACAACCACAGCAGAGUCUUUUCUUUGCAAUGGCAGGGCAGAUUCAAGGCAACGAACCCUUGGAGCAAGGACGGGCUGUGGGACGCAGACGAGGUCUUGUUUGUGGCCGAGGUCGAUGACAAGAUCCAUGUGCCAAUGGGAACCUCAAUUGCGACUGCCUUUGCUCGGACCAUCGAUCCUUCGUUUAUCGCCGACGGGAUCUGGGAUCUCAAACGGCCAUGGGUCGGGAGUCCUCUUGAGGUGGAUUUGGAGAUUACAGCAGCACGGAGAGUCAGGAUCGAGGGGGACACGCAGAUGGAGAAGAAAAGGGAAAAGGAGUUGGUCCCUGGAUAUACCAUGGCACACACCGACUGA